AUGUCUCGGCUUGAUGUCAAAACUGAAGGGCGCUUUGUGCAGUGGGAGGUUGGGUACCUUGAAUGCUACACAGAAUCAAAUCCCUUUAUAACCGGAAUAUGGAGAUGGUACUGCCCCACUCUUCUUUUUAGUACAUUCCAGAAUUCUGGCGGUGACCCAGUCUCAAUUUGGACUUCCUACACAAUGAAGUUGUCGCCUGAGCAGGCCACAUCGUCCGGGUUUGCCUGCAUGUUGCAAGAAGGCAUCCUCACUGACAUCGCCAUCAACACCGCUGAUGGAAGCAUUAGGGUCCACAGUGCUGUCUUGGCUGCCCGUUCACCAGUGUUCCGGAGCAUGUUUUCACACAAUCUCAAGGAGAAACAGCUCUCGGCGGUCGACAUCUCCGACAUGUCCUUCGACGAGUGCCAAGCCUUUGUCAACUACAUGUACGAUAAUUUACAUGAGAAAGAGUUCACUGCUCAUCGACUUGCCCUCCUUGGAGCCGCGGAUAAGUAUGACGUCCCCGGCCUCAAAGUGAUCUGCCUUGAUAGCCUGUUGCAGGACAUCGAGACGGAGAACUUGAUCGAAAGGCUUGAGGUGGCACACCUUUACCAGCUAUCAGAGCUCAAGAGGAGCUGCAUAAGGUUGCUUGUGGACUUCAGGAAGUUGUAUGAGAUUCAUGACGAUUUCAAUGAGUUCAUCAAGACGGCAGACAAGGACCUUGUCGUUGAAAUCCUGCAAUAUGUUUAUGAGGAGACAUUUUGA